CCCCAAAUAACGGUCUUACCUGUGCGCAUGUUACGAUAUAGGGACGCAAGGUCAUGCUUGUUAUGGGUUUGUAUGGCGGCUGUAAAUGUUUCUCAAAAAUUGAGUUUUGAGAUAUAAUUCGCAAAUUCCUUUAUAUUGCUUUGGCGGAUGGCGCGCGCAGCCGGUGGUCACCCCGAGCUAGAGAAAUUUGUUGCGGAGGCGCUCUUAAAGCGGAACAAGAGCUAUGAAGAGCUGAAAUCGCUUCUACGGGAAUGCCGUAAGAGGGUGGAGCAGGAGCCCGACUCUGAAGAGGGUAUAGUGCAGCUGACGACGCUCAUAGGAUGUAUCACAGCAAAUGUGUCGGCCAUACAUGAGCGGAAGCAUGAGUCCAUUGUGUCGGACCUCCUCAGUAUUAAGUUGUGGAACACUGCGCCGGCCGUGCUAUCGGCGGUCCUGGAUUUCACCCGCAACUUGGUCGUUGCGAACUCAGCGUUUACACACUCAUGCUUGCAGCUCAUAGUCUACAGCUUCACCCCGCCCCCGGAGGCAACAAGCCCUGGAGAGCCGUCGGAAGAUUUGCACGGCCCCUGGCGGCCGUCUGAGCAGGCCCUGGCAGUACACCAGUCGCUCCUACCCAUCCUGGUUCGGGUCCUGGCCUUAGUGCCGACGGCGCCUACAAACGUGUUACCGCUUAUUGUGUCACAAAUGCCGCACAAGCUACAGGACCGCAACAAGCAGUGUUUGUACUUGUCAGCGCUCUUUCGGAUUGCGGAGGACCGGACAGGUGCACCAAUCAGAGAGGCGCUGCUCACCGCCGUGGUAGAGCACUUGCUGUCCAUGGACGUGGAGAUCAAAUGGGAGGAUAUCGUUGAUGUGCCUACUGCCUCGGCCAACUGCGCUGAGGUGCAGCACAUGGGCUGCCCCGUAGUGCCGCCUGCUGGGCAGGACUCUUCCAGCUCUCCCAGCUUGAUGCGCGCUGAGGACAAAACGCGAUUCAAUGAAGUAACUAGCAUACAACGUAGGGAUGACCCAUUCAGGGACCCUACGGAAGUGCCUGUUUGCCGUGUUGGGGGUAAAGCAUACCACCAGGAAGCCGCCAUGGUAGCCUUGAGCGCUGCCCUGGCGCCUCGACCAUUUGCCCUGCAGCGCACCAUUAUUGUAAUGGAGCGUAACAAUUUUGACCGGUCCCCUCCUGCGAAAGGUGAAGAGGCGGAGGAGGAGCAGGAUGACGUUGCUAACGAGGACGUGUUUGAACUGGAGGAGAUGUUGGCAAAGCUGGCGCGUAGGCAUGCGAUGCUGGCGAUGCGUCAAGGCGCGGCUAGAAAUGGGCGUGGCGGCUGGGAGGGCGCUGUAGCGGGUGCCCACGGACAGCAGGAGGAGCAACCCGCGACGCCGACGCGGCCGCCUGUUGACGAGAUGGCCAACAAGAUGGAUAGCAUGAUGGAGCUUGCGUUUGAGCACCUGCAGAAGCGUAUCGCUGCCGGCGAAUUGCGGCAGCUCUGGGAUACCCUCCUCUCGUGCUUUGAGCGCACCAUCCUCAACACCCACCGGUCCAAGUUCACGCAGUUUCUGCUCUUCUACGUGUGCAUUCACAAUCCGGGGCACUGUUCGCAGAGCCUGGCACCUAUCACACGCGCGGCCUGUGCGGCAUACCUGGCAUCUUUUCUGGCGCGCGCGGCAUUCGUGCCGGAGACCGUGGUGGUCAAGACCCUGCAGGAGCUGGCAUCCUUUAGCUUGGACUAUUGCAGGGGCCAGAGCGGCGGCCUUUCGGCGAGCAGCAGCGCCGGCAACCUGUCCGCUAGAACUCUCACCAAUAGUGGUCUGCAGGAUUCUGCAGCGCUGAUGGCCUUGACUGCAGAGACUGCCAAUGCCCAAACGCAGCGGCACCAGAUGUUUUACGCGGCUGUGCAAGCCAUCCUGUACGUGCUAUGCUACCACAUGCAGGCCUUGGUUGGCGACAUGCUGCAGCAACAACAGUCUCAAGAGCGUGGGCAGGAAGGGGCUACGGAUUCCGGGGAGCAGACAGAUGCCCAUAACAAGGGCAAUAAGGAUCUGGCGGAGUCUGUGCUGCUGAACCACCGCCUGCAGCCGCUAGGAGUUUGUUUGCCAUCGGUGGCGGCGGAGUUCAUCCAUCAGGCAGCGUCGCUGGGCGUCGUGGAUUUGCAGUCCUUGUUGACGCAAGUGGAGCCAGAGACGCGGUCCCAGCGGCCGCUGGAGAUGUUUUUUCCGUUUGACCCCUACCUGUUGCGCCGAUCUAGCCGCUUCUUGCAGCUCAAGCAGAGCUAUGUGCGCUGGCGGCAUGGUCACCCGCAGACGGCGGCGGGUGGUACCGGCGCGGAGGUUGCCGACAGCGAGGAUGAUGAGGGAGAGGAGGCAGACGGCCGGGGCAGCGACGGCGAAGACCAGGAGCCGAGCCCCAGCAACAGUGAGGACGAAGGCGAGGAGAGUGACGACGAGGAUAUGGCGGGUCGAUCCAUGCCGUCGGACGCGAUGUUGCAUGACCCAACCAACCGGCUGCACGCAGGCGCGGCAGGAUCUUCCAUGCAUCAUGCACGGGGUGUGUCCGGCGCGACCGGCAGCAGGCCGCACGGUCGUGGAAAGAGCGGUAGUGCCGUCAUGGGAACAUCGUACAUGUCGUACGCCUCGACGGCAAGCCAGGAGGUUGCGUCACCGUACGGCAUGUCACCCCAUGAUGGCGGCGACAUGCUCGUGAACAAUCCACUGGGGAGCUCUCCUGGCGUAGUGCCCAUGUCGCUUGGAACACCCGAAAUGCAUUUCAUGUCGCAGGACGCCAUGAUCCUGCAUCCUCGCUGA